CCGAGCCUGCCAAGCUGGCGCCCGGCGGGGCCAUGGUGGCCGGCGCCCGCGGCGGCUGCGCGCAGGCGGGGGCUGCUCGGCGCGGCCUCCUGGCCCUGCUGCUCGCUGUCUCCGCGCCGCUCUGGCUGCAGGCGGAGGAGCUGGGUGAUGGCUGUGGGCACAUAGUGACGUACAAGGACAGUGGCACCAUGACAUCUAAGAAUUAUCCAGGGACUUACCCCAAUCACACUGUUUGUGAAAAGACGAUCACAGUACCGAAGGGGAAGAGAUUGAUUCUGAGGUUGGGCGAUUUGGAUAUUGAAUCCCAGACCUGUGCUUCUGACUACCUUCUGUUCACUAGCUCUUCAGAUCAAUAUGGUCCGUAUUGUGGAAGCAUGACUGUGCCCAAAGAACUUUUGCUGAACACCAGUGAAGUAACUGUUCGCUUUGAGAGUGGAUCCCACAUUUCUGGGCGGGGUUUUUUGCUAACCUAUGCCAGCAGCGACCAUCCAGAUUUAAUAACGUGUUUGGAACGAGCUAACCAUUAUUUGAAGACAGAAUACAGCAAGUUCUGCCCAGCUGGUUGUAGAGACAUAGCAGGAGAUAUUUCUGGGAAUGUGGUGCAUGGAUAUAGAGAUACCUCUUUACUAUGCAAAGCUGCCAUCCACGCAGGAGUAAUUGCAGAUGAAGUGGGCGGUCAGAUUGGUGUGCUUCUGCGCAGAGGCGUGAGUCGAUACGAAGGGAUCCUGGCCAAUGGUGUGCUCUCAAGGCAUGGUUCCCUGUCAGACAAGCGAUUUCUGUUUACCUCCAAUGGUUGCAGCAGAUCCUUGAGUUUGGAACCUGACCGGCAAAUCAGAGCUUCUUCUUCUUGGGAGUGGAUCAAUGAGACUGGAGAUCAGGUCCGUUGGUCUCCUGGCCAAGCCCGACUUCAGGACCAAGGCCCGUCAUGGGCUUCGGGGGACAGGAGCAAGAACCACAAACGAGAGUGGCUGAGGAUAGAUUUGGGAGAGAAAAAGAAAAUAACAGGAAUUAGGACCACUGGAUCCACACAGUCAAAUUUCAACUUUUAUGUAAAGAGUUUUGUAAUGAACUUCAGAAACAACAACUCCAAGUGGGAGACCUAUAAAGGAAUUGUGAAUAAUGAAGAAAAGGUGUUUCAGGGCAACUCUAAUUUUCGGGACCCUGUGCGGAACAAUUUCAUCCCUCCCAUUGUGGCCAGAUAUGUGCGUGUUAUCCCCCAGACGUGGCACCAGAGGAUAGCCUUGAAAGUGGAGCUCCUUGGCUGCCAGAUUGCACCAAGUAGGACUCAGGGUAAUGACUCACUGGUGUGGAGCAAAACAAGUCUAAAUACUGUUGGUUCAACUAACAGAGAAGAUGACACAAUCUUAAAACCCAUCCCCUCUGAAGAUGAGACAAUCUUAAAACCCAUCCCCUCUGAAGAAAUGCCCAAAGGAUUAAACGUCGUAACUGUUGUCACUCCCCUGGUGCUCCUCGUCCUGCUGGUUGCUGGAGUGGGAAUCUUUGUAGUCCUUAGAAAGAGGAAGAAGCAAGGAAAUCCUUAUGGAUCAGCUAAGGCUCAGAAAACAGACUGUUGGAAGCAGAUCAAAUAUCCCUUUGCCAGGCAUCAGUCAGCUGAGUUUACCAUCAGCUACGAUAAUGAAAAGGAGAUGACACAAAAGUUGGAUCUCAUCACGAGUGAUAUGGCAGAUUACCAGCAGCCUCUCAUGAUUGGCACCGGAACGGUCGCCAGGAAGGGCUCUACCUUCCGGCCGAUGGACACCGAGGCCGACGAGGCGGGGCCGGCCGCCGAGGCUGGCGGCCACUACGACUGCCCCCUCCCGGCCGGCCGCCACGAGUACGCCCUGCCCUUGACCAACCCCGAGCCCGAGUACGCCACGCCCAUCGUGGAGCGGCACCUGGCCCGCGCGCACACCUUCUCGGCGCGGAGCGGCUACCGCGUGCCGGGGCCCGGGCCGGCGCACAAGCACUCCCUCUCCUCCGGCGCCUUCUCCCCGGCCGCCGGCUACCAGCUGCCGCAGAGCCCCGCGCCCGCGGACCCGGGCUACGACAAGCCCAAGGGCGGCGGCGGCUCAGCCGCGGGGCGCGCCGAUCCCGCCUGUCAGAAGCCGCAGGUCAACCCCGCGGCCAACGCUGCCUACUUGGCCCCCAGAGACUGCCUCAGACCCCUCAACCAGACGGCCGUGACCGCUCUUCUGUGAACACACUGUGAAUGAAAGCUGCUGUGGUACUGAGCGCCGGGCUGUGCGCGGCCCUGGAAGCGGCGAGAUGCGCGCGCGAGAGACUGAGUGUGUGUGUGCGCGCGCCUGUGUGGUCUACCAGGAUCCUGCGGUGGAGUCGUAGAGGCACCCCCCCCCCCUCACUGUUUACAGAAUUGUGCAGCUGGUUUUGUUCUGACCCUUAGGGCGAGCGUCUGUUGGGUUUUGUGGGGCUAGAAAAAUGAAAGUUUUCAGAUGGCAUUUUUUCAUUUCUCUAACUGUGAUACCGAGCUGCUUCGGUGUAAAAUGUGCAAUCUGUACAGAGUUGUAUUUAACAAGAAUUAAAGUAACUUAAGUUUG